AUGAAUGUCAAUAUGACACAACAGCAACAAGGCUCAUCCAACGCACAAGAAGCAGGGAAUAAUGGUUCUAUCGAUACUGUUACUAGUACUGAUAAUGAAGGCCCUAAUGAUAAUGUGGAAAGCAACGCACAACUUUUUGGUCAACUUGGUUUGCCAAAGAGGAAACGAUUAGCAUGCACAAAUUGUCGCAAAAGAAGAAAGAAAUGUGAUUUAUCAUAUCCAUGCGCUAGCUGUGUUAGGCUCCGAAUUGAUUGUAAUGUAAACGAAGAAGAUUUAAGGAAGAAGAGGUAUUCAUCAUCUUAUGUGAAAUCUUUAGAAGGUCAUGUAGCAUAUUUGGAAAGUAACUUGAAAACUCUUAUAGAUAAAGUUUAUCCGAAUAACAUAGAUAUGUUGAAUAGUAUGAACAUCGGAGACGUUAUUUCUGGCUUAGUUAAUAACAAACCUGAAUAUAACAAGGAUACGCUGAACGGAUUUUCAAAGUUGAAUAAUAAAGAUAGCAUUACUACUGAUGGAUCAAUCUCAAAACCUCCUCAUUCGGCAUUAUCUCCAAAUGGUGCAAAAUCGGUUCCUAAUCCUAUUGUGCCAUAUAGAAUACGAAGUCCUCCACUAGAACCAGAAAAGAAAAGGAAGCCGUUAAUUAAAGGUAGUUUGUACCCUGAGGGGCCUGUUAUUUAUAAACCGAAAGCAACCAAUUCUGUCCUUUCGGUGUCUUCUUUAGUUUCCAAUAAUUCAUCACCAUCAGAUGAUAUAACUCCUUCUUUUCAUCAAACUCCAAAGGACGGCAAUAAUUGUGAUAAUGUUGAUAUUGAAAGUGAUAAACAACGUAUCUCAGAUUUACAUACCACAGUGAUUAAAAGAACUGCACCAGUGGGGGAUACCAAUUCAUUAAAUAAUGAUUCGAAGAUUUUAGAAUCAUUAUCCAAUUUCUAUAAAUUUCUUUAUCCUGGACAUUUCAUAUUUGUUCAUCGUGAAAGUUUCCUUUAUGGGUUUUUCAAUCAUUUCAAAAACAACUAUGCGGAUUCUCAUUAUUGUUCAUUAGAAUUAAUUUAUGCCAUGAGCGCCAUUGGAUCAAGGUUAAGUCCCACCCUACAAGAUAUGUCAGAGAUAUACUAUGAAAUGAGUAAGACCACAUUAUUAAAUAUUGUUUUCGAUGAGAAUAGUGCACCUAAGAUUACCACGGUCCAGGCAUUAUUAUGUCUAGCAUUUUAUGAAUUGGGUAAAGGUAGUAACCAAUUAGCGUGGUAUUUUUCUGGUUUGGCAAUUCGUGUCGGGUAUGAUAUGGGAUUCCAAUUAGAUCCUCAAGUUUGGUAUACGGAUGAUAUAAAGAGUAAAUUGACAGAGAGUGAAUUGAAAAUUAGGUCACGAAUUUAUUGGGGAUGUUAUAUUGCAGAUCAUUUCAUUUGUUUAAUGUUAGGUAGAACCUCAACUUUAAGCGUUAGUAACUCUACUAUCCCUGAAUCUGAUGAAUUACCUGAAGUGAAUGGUACUGAAGAAUUCCGAUUUGUUAGCAAACAUGUUUUACAAAUUUCAUUACCUUUAAAGAAUUUGAUUGUUUUAUCAAGAGUUGUUCAAAUUUUUACAUCGAAGAUAUUUAUUGAAACUGAUGACAUUGAACAAAAAGUAGAAUACUUGAAUAACUUUAACUUACAAGUAUUUAAUUGGCGACAAUCAUUACCAGAUUUUUUGAAAUGGAAUAAGAAUCUUUUAGAAGAUGAAGAUGUGUCAACAGACCCAACUAUUUCAUAUUUUUGGUAUUAUUAUUAUAUUGUGAGACUAACGUUCAAUAAACCGUUCAUUGAAGAUUGUACAGAAUCGCAAAUUGUUGUCAUUGAAAUAUUGGAUGAUUUACAAACUCUUUUCAACAAUUUCAAGAAAAAAUAUGGUGGAUUCAAUAAAGCUACACUGUACCAAUUGUAUGUUUGUCUCUUAGCUAUCAAUUGUCUUAAAAAAUUGGAAGAGCAAACAAAUGUUACAGCCAAUUCAACAGUGUCAGGGGAGAUAAUGAAUCCUAUAAAUGAAACGAGUACGAUAGAUAAAGCUACCAGGUUGAAGCUGGAUGAGCAAUUGAAAUUUUUCAAUAAUAUUUUUUACAGAUGUUUAACUCCUGCUUACCAAUUACCAAGGAAAUUGCAAGAAGACACGGACUAUGAAUUUGAACAAGAGAAACAAGAUUUAAUUCAAAUGAGUAGUAACACUAACUAUAUCCAUGACUUCUCAUUAAGUAAUGAAAUUGAUGAUCUUAUUAGAGAUUUGUUCGGGGCUGUACCAAACCCUAAUCUUCCAAACAAUGGAAACCCUAUAUCAUAA